AGGGAGGUGGCGAUGGUACGCCGGGUGGCGGCGGCGGCAGCGGCUGCGGCUUUCCAGUUUAGAGUGCAAAGAGGACAAGAUGACUGACCAGCCGACUGACUGACUGACUGAAUGAAUGAAUGGCGGAGCCACGCGCGCCAUGAGGAGCCUGCCGAGCCUGGGCGGCCUCGCCCUGUUGUGCUGCGCCGCUGCCACCGCCGCCGCCGCCGUCCUAGCCACCUCGGCGGGGAAUGUCACCGGCGGCGGCGCGGCCGCGGGGCAGGUGGACGCGUCGCCGGGCCCAGGGCUAUGGGGCGAGCCCAGUCACCCCUUCUCUAAGGCCCCGACCCCCACGGCCCAGGCCCCGAGGACCGGACCCCCGCGCACUACCGUCCGCGGACCCCUGGCUGCGACCUCUUCAGCCCAGUCUCCGGAGACCACCGCUCGGGCGACGGUCGGAUCUGCUCCGAUCACCUCCCAGACGCCGCUCCGCGCGUCGCCGACCACCCCUCCGCCGGUGAAACCCACUCCGACCCACCCUCGCUCCAGUCCCGCGCCCACCGCCCUCUCUGCCACCGCUGGCCCGGCGCCGACCACCCCCCUAGCGCCCACCGUCCCGGCGCCCACCACUCUGCAGACCGAGGCCCCGGCUCUCCAAGGCGACAGCAGCAGCGUCCCGCCCACCCCACCUGCCACCGCGGCCCCUUCCCCGCCCCCAGAAUAUGUAUGUAACUGCUCUAGGGUCGGAAGCCUCGAUGCAAAUCGCUGCAAUCAGACCACGGGGCAGUGUGAAUGUCAACCAGGUUAUCAGGGGCUUCGCUGUGAAACCUGCAAGGAGGGCUUUCACAUGAACCACACUCGGCACGCUGGGCUGUGUCUGCCAUGUGGCUGCAGUCUGGAUGGAGCCCUCGGCAUACUUUGCGAUAGUUCUGGGAAAUGCCAGUGCAAAAUAGGUAUCAUCGGCUCUACCUGCAAUCAAUGCCAGGAUGGGUAUUAUGGCUUCAGUAAGAAUGGCUGCUUGCCCUGCAGAUGCAGUAAUCGUUCUGCCAGCUGUGAUGCCCUUACAGGUGCCUGUUUAGACUGCCAGGGAAACAGCAGAGGAGAUCACUGUGAAAAAUGCAAAGAAGGGUUUUAUCAGAGUCUCGAGGCCACAAAGGAAUGUCUUCGCUGCCCUUGUUCAGGAGUGACAUCUACCGGCAGUUGCUCCAUGAAGUUGGGUGAACUGGAACCUAAAUGUGACCAGUGUAAAGAUGGUUACACAGGCCGGAACUGCGAUAAAUGUGGAAAUGGCUAUUACAAUUCCGACAGCAUCUGUGUAAAGUGCCAAUGUCAUGGCCAUGUGGAUCCAGAUAAAACCCCAAAGAUUUGCAAGCCUGAGAGUGGUGAAUGCAUUAACUGCCUCCAUAACACCACUGGGUUUUGGUGUGAGAACUGCCUAGAAGGUUAUGUUCAAGACCUCGAGGGAAAUUGCAUCAAGAAAGAAGUUAUUGUUCCAACACCUGAAGGUUCUACCAUUUUGGUUUCCAAUGCCUCUUUGACCACAUCAGUGCCCACCCCUGUUAUUAAUAGUACAGUUACCCCCACAACCCUGCAGACUAUCUUUUCAGUAAGCGCUUCUGAAAACAGUACUUCAGCUUUAGCUGAUGUAUCAUGGACCCAAUUUAACAUCAUCAUUUUGACAGUCAUCAUCAUUGUGGUGGUGCUGCUGAUGGGAUUUGUGGGGGCUGUGUAUAUGUACCGGGAGUACCAAAACCGGAAACUGAAUGCCCCCUUUUGGACCAUCGAGCUGAAAGAAGAUAAUAUCAGUUUCAGCAGCUACCAUGACAGCAUUCCCAAUGCCGAUGUGUCAGGACUGUUGGAAGAUGAUGGCAAUGAAGUGGCUCCCAAUGGGCAACUGACCCUGACAACACCCAUGCAUAACUACAAAGCCUAAGGACAUACAACUAUACUCCUGGAUUGUCAAGCCACCCUGCAUACGAAGACAGCAUCCGCCUUUGGGCCAGACAAAGCCUGGAUAGAGUUUGCUGAGAAAGCAAAGGCAAAUAGUACACCUGAGAGUUUCAGGUACAAGUGUGUACUGCACUUAGCCUACUACUAGAAGUACAUUAUAUUUUUCCCAUGAAGAGCUACAGCAUUCACUGUUGCUAAGGACUUGAAGUAAAGUAUAUUUUUGUACCGAGCCACAUGGGUGUAAGGAAGGCCGAAGCACGGUGUGCAGCCCCAGUUCACUCUGCCCUCCAAACUGACUCCUGGGGAAGUGUUCACCGAACCACCUGCAGCAGGCUGAUGGAUGUGCAGACGGCAAGGGCUGCUGCAAGACUUCAUCUCCAUUCCCGAAACACGUUGGUUUCAGAAGGAUCAGGGACGCUAGUCUUAUUUCUGGACUAAGCAAUGCCAUUGAGGAAAAUCUCAUUUCUAAAGUGUAUCACGAUAAAUUAUCUUGCUUUUUGGUAGACUAGGAGCAGAAAAGUCCCAAGAAGCUCUUUAGAAGAGAUUGAUAUUUCUUUUCAGGAUUCUUGAUCGAUGAGGGACUAAAGCACAGGAUAAUUUCUAUUGGGAGAGAGAGAGAAAGCAGCAUUCAGGAGCAGGAAGCUGGUGGAUCUCCUCAGGGUCUCAGUGUAAAUGAUCAAUCGUCUAAAAAAGAAGGAAUAUUCCUGCCUCUAGAGAAGCAAGGUGUACAUAGUUAAUGUAGCAUAUUUGGUCAACACUUGUAUCUAUUUGUAAAAAAAAUAAUGUCAUAUUUUAUCGAGAAUGUAUUUGUAUAGCACUUAAUGGCCUUGUAAAAAGAAAAUAUUGGGACUGGGUUGGUUAAAAUAUUGUACAAUAGAUGGCAGUAUUGCUAGAGCUGGGACUCUGGUGAGCCUCAUUUCUAGUCCCUCUUUGGACAUUGUUGAAAUUUAUAAGAGGUUGAAUGAUUUUAAUCUUUCUUUCACUUUCUCAACCCAAAAGUACAGUUACGUACCCUUUGACUUACAAAGGAUAACCUUCAAGCAAUAGAUUUUAAAGUCAGUGAUAGUUAAGCUAGGACACAGGCCGUACACCAAACUACUCGCCCAAUUAGACAGUAGCCAUUCUGUAUUAGACUUCCCUUUACACACAUUAAUGUGAAACACGUCCUCAUUUUUUAAAGUUUAUUCAUAAACACGAAAAACAGUCUUCCAAAGGAAGUAGAAAUAUUUUUAUUCCAAAAGAAAAGUAAAACCAUCAUAUCAUGUGGGAUCUUAUGUUUUUAUGUAAAUGAGGUAUUUAUACUCCCAUUCCCUCACCCGGCCCCCACUAAAUAAACCUUCCUCUAUUUCAAUGGA